AUGGUGGUCAGCGUUGGACUUAUGCCAAACAGUUCCGUAUCAACAUCUUCAUCAGAUGUUCAAACAAUAAUUCGAUUAGCUGAAGAAAAAAUUCGUGUUAAAACAAUUGCAUUAGGUCUUCGUGUAACAGAAUUUUUUCAUGAUUUUGAUCGUCUUCGUUCAGGUUAUGUUACUUCAUCACAAUUUAAACGAUGUUUGGAUACUAAUCUACGUCUUCAAUUAUCAUCUGAAGAAGAAGAAUUAUUAUUUAAAAAAUAUGAUCUUAAACAUGAUGGUUCAAUUUGUUAUCGAGAAUUUUGUGAUGUUAUUAAUCGAAAAUAUCCUGAAACAACAAUAACACCAUAUCCAGAAAAUUUUACAAAUGCUGCUCCACCAUAUCUUAAUUCUUGGCGUUCAACUCGUCAUAUUGGUACACAAGAUGAAAGUGAACAUUUACAAAAUGUUCUUCAACGUAUUGCUAUUUAUUGUAAACAACGUGGUAUUGAUGUAUUAUCAAUUAUGGAACAAUAUGAUAAACAUAAAAUGGGUGAAAUAACAGAUAGUCAAUUUUAUCGUGCUUUUGUUGGACCACAAUUAACUGAAGCUGAUAUGACACUUCUUCGGGAUAAAUAUUCUGAUCCAGGAAAACCAGGUUUAAUUAAUUAUUUAAAUUUUGUUCAAGAUCUUAAUAGAUAUUCAUAUACAAAUGAAACAAUAUUAUCACAAACUGAUAAUAAUAAUAAUAUUCAACAAAUUCCAUUUGUUGGUAUUGAAGAAAAAUCUGAACAACGUUCAAUACAAGAAAUUCUUGAUAAAAUUCGUAUAGCAACAUUUAAAUAUGGUAUACGUAUAUCGGAUUUUUUUAAAGAUUAUGAUAAAUUACGUAGUGGAAUAAUAACUGAAGGUCAAUUUGAAAGUGCACUUUCAUUAAGUAUACAAAAACAAGCUUUUCUUAAUAUGAAUGAUAUUAAAAAAUUAACUGAAUAUUAUCGAAGACCUGAUGGUCGAAUUUAUUAUAAAGAAUUUGUUGAUUCAAUGGAAAAUGCUUUUAAUAUUCCUGAAUUAGAAAAAAAACCAUUAACACAAAUUUCUCGACCAAGACAUGGACUUUUAUCAAAACCAUUGAAUACAAAUUUAACACCAGAUGAAGAAGAUCAUGUAUCACGUAUACUUGAUACAAUUACUGAAAAAAGUAAAGCAUUUACACGUGCUUGUACUAAACAUCAAUUUGGUCGUGUACUUCGAACACUUGAUUUAAUUCCAUCACCUUAUGAUUUUAAUAUACUUUGUAAAAAAUUUGAAGAUCGAGAAACAGGAGAUAUUAAUUAUGCAUUAUUUUGUCAAAUGAUUGAACAAGAUUUUGUGGCAAUUAAAGUUGAACCAGAAGAAGAAUGUUUAUUUGAACGUGCUCGAUUUGAUGAAGAACGAAAACGAGAAAAAUUAAAAGUUAAAAUUGAUACAUCCAAUGUUAAUCUAAACGAUUUAAUGGGUCGUAUUCGACAUCAUGUUCUUAUUAAUCGAAUUCGUGUAAAAGAAUUUUUCGAAGAUUUUGAUCCUCUUCGUUUGGGUACAAUAAGUCAAUCACGAUUUAUUCGUGUUUUGACUAGUUUAGGUCUUACUGGUAUUGAUGGUGUUCCAUUAACUGAAGCACAAAUGUUUGCUUUAUGUGAUCAUUAUCGUCAUCCAGAUCAACAUGAUCUUAUAUUAUGGAAACAAUUUGAACAAGAUGUUGAAUCAGUUUUUACAUUAUCUGAUUUGGAAAAAUCACCAAUAAUUCAAGUUUCACCACAAACUAUUUAUGAAAUGCCAACAGCUGGUACACCUGAUUGGACUAAUAUUGAUCCAUUUAAUAAAGAAGAAUUACAUCAAGCUAUGCAAAAUUGGAAAACAAAAUGUGAACAACGACGUAUUGAAAUUGUUCAACCAUUUAAACAAUUUGACAAACAUAAUCGUGGACAUGUAACACGAAUACAAUUUCGUCAAUGUUUAGCUAUAGCUGGUUUAACUUAUACAGAAAAAGAAUUACAAGCUGUUGAAGCAGCUUUUAUUGAUGAUGAUGGUUUUGCUUAUCGUCGUUUUCUUGAAUGGAUUCAACCACGACAUCGUGAUCCUCUUCGUUAUAAUAUUUUACAAGAAGAACUUAAAAAUUUAAAAAAACAAAAAAUUUUACCUGAUAUGAAAUCAUUAACAAGUAUUCAAGAUGUUUUACAAAAAGUUAAAGGACAAGUAUUUCGUCGUCGUAUACGUUUAUAUGAAUGGCUUAAAGAUCAUGAUAAAUUAAAUUGUGGUCGAUUAUUAUUUGAUACAUUUCGUCGUGCUUUAAAUCCAUGUCAAUUAGAAUUAACAGAAAAUGAAUUAUCUUUACUUGAAGAUUAG